UCCAUCCUGAGCAGAGAGAGCUGCCAUCUCGCUCGCAGCCCAAGAAAUCCUCGCAACCCAACACCAAGGACGAGGAAGAAGAAGGCGUAAUCAACACACAAAUGCGAGGCAAGAAAGAUUCCAUUCCAUUCCGCCAGCGCAGCGUCGGUUCCUCCCAAAAUCCCCAGCUGCGCGCCCGCCCGCUUGCCAAUGCCAGCCAGAGCGCCCGCUUGCCAAUGCCCAUGGCCGUGCCGCCGGAGGAAGACGACGACAGCGACGAGUUCACCUUCCCCACGCCGCCGCCGCUCCUCUCCGGUGGCGCGCGCGGCAAGGACGGGCGCCGCGUGGCGGACCUCCGCCACCACCCGCCCUGCUCGGCGUCCGCGUCCGCGUCCUCCUCCCCGCCCCUCUGGCUCCUCUCCUCCCCGAUCCGCCGCAGCUUCUCGGCCGCCGACUGCGCCGCGUCGCCGUGGCGCGAGCGCGACAGGGCGCUGCUCGGCCGCCAGCGCCGCAACGGCGCGUGCUCCCCCGCGCUCAGCGGCGGCGGCUUCUGCGACGACGACGAGGAGGAAGAGGAGAGGAUGGACAGCCUCUGGGAGGACCUCAACGACGACGACGCGGCCGCCCGGAACGACGGCCUGUUCCCGGGGCCCCUCGAAGUGUCGCGCCGCCGCUCCGUCGCCGGGCCGGACGCCGACGAGAGGGCGAGGAGGGCGGCCAAGGACCCGCGCCAGGCCGCCGCCGCCGCCGCCGCGGUGCUCGGCGCGUCGAGGAGCUCGCGGCGGCGGCCGCCGGGGCUGGUGGUGAUGAUGCGCGCGCUGAGGAGGAUGUUCGUGGCGCACAAGGGCAAGAGCAGGGUGCACAGGGACGAGCACAGCGCCGCCUCUGCCUCGGCAUCUUCCCCCUUCAACAAAGGAUGAUGAGCUGCAGCAUCAGAAAUGCAGUUUUUGGGUGAAGAAAGAAACUCAGAUUAAUUAAUCCUAAUCCUCUAGCAAUAUAAGUUCGUUUUGUUAAACACUCUUUGUGCUUCCAUUUCUUCUUGACUGGAUUAUUGUUCCGGCCAUGGUGAUCAUCACAGUUUUAGUUUUGCGACCAACAUAUAUUUUGAUGUGCAUCCUUGUGUAUAGUUCUAUAAGUUCUUUUUUUAUAAAUACAGAAGAAUCUAUGUUCUUGUCAUACGUACUGUACAUGUUACAUGGAUAAUAGUUGGAAAUCGCCGAGGUUGUUCCCUUUUUCCUUC